CAGUCGAUACAGUUCGCGGAAAAGGGUAACAUUAAAUCCCAGAAUAUUGAAGUGAAGAUUCCCUUCCGUUCGCGUAGCGAAAGUUGUACUGCUUCGUUGUCAAUAACCAUUGAUGUGUCAACGAAUAGUGAGGCUGACUCGUAAUUUACACGUGUCGUAUCCAAACUUCCGUUUCCUGUGCACCGGUCAAGGAGCGGAAAUAGGACGAACCAACACCAGCAGACUGAACCAGUUUACCUGAAACAGAGCCAACUACAGUGAAGCAGUGGACUGGAACCAUACCACGACAGCACGAAAAUCCAGCGGCGGGCCCAGACACUUCAACACACCAACACCAUUAAAUGCUUCAAUCCGUGCUAAAUCAUAACCAGCAUUUUGUCGCUAAGGAUACUUCAUUUGUCACCCGCGAGACUAUGUGAACUGCCAAGUAUACGAGCGGCGUCAUAUUUUUCGAAGAAAAAAAACGAUGAACUGUGCGUGUUGGAAAGCGAGAGGUUCAAUCAUUCAAAGUUUUGCAAGCAGGAUACAAUACUAACAGUGGUGCCGAAACAAUUGCCCACGUUCACCCACGAACACCCACCAAAAUGGCUCCCCCAGGUCUUGCGAAGGAGAGGAGGAAAAAAACGCACGGAUUAUACUUCCACUCAUCGCCACCAAAAGUAUUACAAAUGAACAAUCAAUAUCUACAACGGGAAAAUGAUAGUAAAAAUAAAGAUGUCAUCAAACCGUCCAACAUCAGGAUAUGGCUGCACCAAAAGCAGAUGGGUAAAUUGGCAAAAGUGUUGUGGGCUGGCCAAGGAAUGCGACUCAGGAACGAAACAUCACAUCACCCGAAAAUGAAGCGAUUUCUAGAAUGCGUGCCACAUGUUACGGGUGUAAUCAAAGAUAUUCACCAGGCAGUUGUGGACAACGAUCUCGAAACGUUGAAGGAGAAAACGGCUCCACCAACGCCUCGCAUCGUGAUGACCAGCAAAGAUGCAAACGGUUUGACGCCACUGCAUAAGGCCGCCGGAUUGGCACACACCCAAAUCGUCGAGUACAUUCUGUCGAUUUGGCCUAGUCUUUCUUCUUCAGAGGAUCAUACAGGGAAAACACCGCUGCACUGGGCGGCCAGUGCGAAGAAUAAUGCUCGAAGUUUCAAUCUUCUUGUGCAAGCGGGCUCCGAUGAGACCGCACUUGAUCACAGGGACAAAACAGCCGAGUACUACAAAAACCGGGCGAGCGAGAUCGACCGCUCGCUGCUGUCGGUGAUCCCGGAGGCUCCCCGAAUAUCUCAGCAAGGUUUUCCGGCGUACUUCGACUGGAACAUGUUCACCAUCGAGGAGGAUUCCGACGAUAGCAACGGUUCGCAAAUGGGAAUGAAACCAUUUCUGUCACAAAAUAACUUGCUAGAUAACGAUGUAAAUAGUUACAAUAGUGUUUCCAAAUCUAAAUCUGUGCACAAUCUCACUAACGGGAUACUAACCGAUCUCCCAAACGACGAGAGCGAAAGCGAGACCAAGAACAAUUCAGAAGAAGAAAAAGCCGACUUGCAACAGGAGGAACCAAAAGGCGUUGAAACCCCUGAACCGGAUGCGAACGGAGUAGAUGUUGACGGUAACGCAGAAGAGAUGAGUGAGAUUUUGAACGUGGAGGAAAGUAAACCAUCAGAAGACACGGAACAGACCGAAUCAGAAGCUGCGGAAGAUGGGAUCCCGAGCUCAGAAGCAGUAGCAACAAAUGGCCAUUCAGAGAAUAAUCCAGCAGUUGUUGAUGAAAACGGGAGUCCCAAUGAUAGCAGCAAGGAAAACGCUAGUGCGGUUACUAAUUCUGAUGGGACCGAAAAGAACAACACAUCAACAGAUAUCAAUGAGGUAAACAACGAUUUGGCGACAGCUAUCCGAGAUGAAAAUGAGAAGAUUGAACAAAAUGAAAAUGCGCUGUCUAGCGUUCAUAAUGAUGGUGAAAAGAAUGAAGGACGAAUACAAUCAAAUGAACGUGAAGAUACAGGAAACAAGGAUGAUAUAGAACAAGUUGAAGAAAUUAAUAAUGCUGAAGAAGUUGCAGAAAAUGGAGAACUGACCAACGAUAGCUUGGAGAUCAAUCAUUCGAAGCCUAAUGAUGAUAAUGAUGAUGACGAUGGUGAAGAGAUCGAUCAGGACAGUCUGAACAAAUCAGACGAUAACCUAGAAAAUGGCAGUUCUGGUAACACAGAACAGAUCAAUGAGAUUAGUAAUAAACUUGCGGACAAGCAGUCCGCCAAAUCCCGACAAUCUUCGUCCAGACCACCGACGACAACUCGUACUUCAUCAAAUCAAUCUGUGAUUAUUGAUCAAAAUGGUAAUUCGUCAAAAGUAUCUUCUGCUAAAAGUAGACAAUUGUCGGCGAAAGUUGAGGAAACAAACAAUCAUUCUGAAAGUCAACCACCUGCUUCUGUACCUCAAGAUUAUAUCAACGACGACAAAUCAGCUGAACAAUCAGAUACUUUUACAAAUUCAGCCACAUCUAGAAAAUCCGUGAAGAGCUCUGCGAAUUCUGUAUCACAGAGAAGCAACAAAACUUAUUCGGCAACGUCUAAUUAUGAUGAUAGAAACAACAAUUUUGAUGAUAGUUAUGAAUUGGAAAAAGCGAAUCAAUCAAUCAGCUCAAGACCAUCAACUGCAGUCAAUGAGAAACCGCCAUCCGCUUCUACGCGGCCUCAAUCAACCGCUACUAUUGGUAACGCAUCUGCCACUUCGGCCACAGAACGGGGACGAUCUACCCAAUCUCUUGUGUCACGAAAAAGCCCGCCUGGGAAUGAUGAUGGUGAUGGAGAUGACAAGAGCGAUUCAAACGACGAUUCUAAUCAAGCCGACGUUGAAAUUGUUCAUUACGAAAAUAGCGAUGAGGCUGGACCCGAUGACAACGAUAAGUCAGAUAAACCACCUGACGAGACCGGUGAUACCGAAGAAAAAAUGUCAUCCAUUGGGGUCACAAAUACUGAAACAGUCCUUCCUGCAAACGCCGAAAUGCCCGCCAAUGGAAAAAUGGAAAAGAGCGACGCGGAAUUUCCCAGUCCUGCGUUGGAAAUAAGGGGAACCGUUGAGGGCGAACCGGAUGGAGAUCAACUUCGCAGUGCUCAAAUAUCUGACAAUCUAGAGUCGUCAAAUGACCGACCAGUGCAGGAAAUAAUAGACAGUGGAGACAUGGAGCAGCUGGCGGUAAUUGUGCUGAAUGGUGGAGGGAAAAAGUUGCUGGGUCGAAGCUCGCAACUCCCGGAAAUCCAAGCGUUUUUAGACAAUGUGCCUUCCUACAUGAAUAAAAUCCGUCGUGUCCACAUCGCUGCUCGAGAGGGCAGCCUGCGUGACUUACAGUCUGCUUUAGAUCGUCGGAAGUUUGCGACCGCUAAGGAUGAGGUUUCCCCACAUGGUGCAACACCUCUGCACGUGGCUACAAUAUUUGGACACUCAGGUAUUGUUCGGUAUCUUGCUGGCCGUUUCCCGGAAACCACCAAUGCAACCGAUAAUGAUGGACGCACUCCGCUGCAUUACGCGGCCACGCUGAAGGACAACGGUCACUUCUACAAUCUUCUAACCCAUCUGGGCGCGAAUCCAAAGGUCGAAGAUAACUUGAACCAUCCGGCUGAUUUUUAUCUGAAUCACGACAAGGCCAAGGAUUUGCUUUCUCAUCGCCAGCUGCUGCAGGAUUAUGGCGCCGAAGAGGAGCUUGCCGAUGAAAUGUUAAAUGAUCAAGUACCUGAGGUGCCCGAUCUGCAUAGUGCGCGGCGUGAAUUGGACGAUGUUGACACAUUAACAACCUUGGAGCGUUGUUUCAAAAUUAUACACGAACCGGUCGAUGAUGUGAUGAAAUCGGUGAAGCUACACUCGAAUAGUGUCCCCGGUAGUGCGUCAUCGCUUCGUAUCCAUAUUACGUCCUAUUUGGCGAGGUUUCUGAAACGAAGUGUUUUCGAUAAAAUUAAGAAACGCCAAACGAAGCUGGAUCACAACCUUUUUGAUGUUAUCUGGCCAGCGAUGAAGAAAGCCACCCAAGAGAAAAGAAUAGACGAAGACCUAAAUGUGGGCGUGGUCAUUCCCGAUUACGACGUGUUUGUUGUGUUCCAAGAGUUCCUCGUACCGCUGAUAAAAGAUAUGCACUGCAUGGAUUUGCAGCAAGAUUUCAUUCAACAUCCCCAAAUGCAAUUCUUCCCAAGAUACUCCUUAGUUGAUUCACCUGAAGUUUCCAGUGCAGCUAAUGGCCACGUGCUCCAAGAAAACUAUAAAGACGUUCACUUGAAUCUGGACACAUCGGGAAAAUUUAUUACUGCAGUCACAAUCGAAUGCUCCCGGAACUUGGAUUCAUUCGAAUAUCCGUUGAAUCUGAGUAUUGCGCAGCUUGAGAAAGUUGAACGAAUUUUAACAUCUAGCAUUUUAUCAAUCAACUUUACCCGGGCAAUCGGUGAGAAUGAACUGGGAACAUACUACACAAUGGACGAGAUUCUAGAGAAUCCGUCAGAGAUACGAACUGUUUUGGCCACCAGCGGCUUACUGAUUCCCAUGCUAGAUCGCAAUGAUCCACUACAAACAGCAGAAUCAAUCGCUCUCAACGGUCGGUAUUGGCCCUACGGAAGAGGGGUUUACGUGAGCCAUAAUCAGGAUUUUACAGCAUGGAUAAACGCGCAAGAUCACCUCAGAGUGAUAUGCUGCACGAGCUUGGAGAAUCCGGCGGACAUAGGAUCGGCCUAUACCAAAGUUGGACGCGCCAUGACAUUUCUAGAGGAUAAAAUACAGUUCCACCACAGCUACCUGCUAGGCUACCUCGUGUCCCGACCUUCGCUUCUUGGUACGGGUUUAAAAAUGACCCUCUCACUAGAUCUGCCCCAUUUGUGUAAGGAAAGGGAAAACCUGCGGCACCUAUGCGCUGUCAGAGGACUGAAUUUGCUUUCCGACGAAGACCAGCAAACGGUGCGGAUGAGCAAUAUACGCAGUCUCGGGCAGUACGAAUGGCAAAUUUUCCAGGACUUUACCGGUGCCAUCACGAAUAUCGUUGCCCUGGAGAAGGAACUCUCGAUGUCCAAUUCAUUGCACAUUGCAGCGACACUACUGAAAAUAUUUCGUAAGAAAAAGAGUAGUUUGGUGGAGGCAGCCCCAACUCAGUAGAUCUUCAGAAAUCAUCCGUCGCUGUUUAUUGUUCAUCCACAUUUGUCACACGUGAGACGCAAGUCUCGAACAUCUAGAAUAAACAUUCGCUAAGGAUUAAACGAUAGUGUGUAUCAUUUUUGCAUCCAAUAUACCUGGAGUACAUUGCCAAAUAAUGAAUAAUACUUAUCACCUCUGCUUAAUCAUUAAUUGCAAGAAAAUACUGAAAGACCGUAGUGCACAUGAC